UUUAAUUCUUUAGUACAUUAUAUAAAUAUUUUCUAUAAUAAUAUAAUAAACAGUAUAAAUAAUUUUAAAGAGAAAAAUAGGAAACACAAUAUUAUGAAAAUUAAAAAUUUAUUCGAUAAAGAAUUUUUUCCAUUAUUUUCAUUUGGUUGUAUAUACUUUGCUCAAAUACUUUAUGGAUGGAGUUUGGAAGGUAAAAAAGAUGUUCAAUGGAUCCACGAGCAUUUAGGAGUUUUUGGGGUUUAUAUUUUAUUUUCAACAAUAUUAUUUGUAUCUGGUUUCAGCAGUUUAGGAAAAAUAAUUUAUAAUUUAACAGAAACUAUAAAUAGUAAUAACAACUACAAGAAAUAUGACUUUUAUAACACAAAUAGCAAUAGUGUCUUUGGAACCAACAGCAUUUUAAAAAAAUACAACAUAUCUCUCAACUCUUACCGUAAUUUACUAUUGUUUUUAUUUACAGCAGGUUUAGUCAGCUCCCUUUUGAAGGUAACAAGUGACACAGACACCUCAUUAAUUCAUCAUGGUCAAUAUAAUUUAAUUGCCUUUUCAGCUAUUUUAAUAGUUUAUCUAUUUGGAUUUUUAUUUUGGUGGAUUUUAUUAAAAUAUUGGACUUUAAAAAAGAUUGCUAUUAGAUUUACAUUGUUUUUUAUAGGUUUAUAUAUUUUAUUCCAAAGUAGAAAUGCAUUUAUAUUAAAAGAUUGGCCAAAUGGUUUUGGAGGUAGAAAAUUAAUGUACAAAGAUGAAAAUAAUAGCAAAGUUUGUAAAAUCGAUGACAGCUUUAUAGUAUGGCCAGCAUUCCAACCAAAAGGAUCAACAUGGAUUGUUGCAGGAAGUCAAGAGUGCCCAAAGGAUACCUUUUCUAAACUUGAAAAUGGUAUUUUAACAAUGGAUGGAUGCAAAGAAGAUUUCAAACAAUACACAGUAUCACCUACUUUUUGGGACGAUUUAAAACAUUUUGGUACAUUUACAAGCGAUUUUGCAGUUUUUGAAAAUCAAUAUAAAGAUAAAACAGCAUCAUUCGAAUUUAAAGGUCCAGUAAAGAUUACCCACGAAACUGUUAUGGCUACUUGUGGUAAUAAAACUGAAAUUCUCUUCCACAAUGUCAGAGAUGAUAGUGUACACGAAAGAGUCAAAGGAAAUUUCAAUAGUCCAAAGGUUCAUCCAGAAAAAGUAAAGAUUGCAACACCAGCAAAGGACGAAAAGGAGAGAGAGAAACCAAUCGACAUUUUAUUUUUAAUGAUCGAUGCUUUAUCAAGAGCUCACUUUAAACGUGCUUUACCAACAACUUAUGAAACCUUACAAGAAAUUCAAAAGCAAGGUCACUCCAAGAUUUUCCAAUUCUUUAGAUACCAUUCAUUGAAACCAUUCUCCGAUCCAAAUACUAUGGCAAUGUACAAUGGCUUAAAUAGAGUAGGUUAUGACGAAAUAGAUUACAAAAAUGGAAUUAAUGCUGGUGAUCGUUCAGAGUUCUCUUGGGAAAAAAAUCCAAUGUUUUAUCAAUCUUUUAGAAACGAUACCUAUGUUAAUACUUGGAUCACAGGUUUAUGUCAAGAUUGGUACCAGCGUUAUCUCGAAGUCGACAAGCCAGAGGGCUCAGUUGACCACGAAUUAGCUUUACCAUUUUGUUCACCACAUUUACAUCCGGCCGAAAGACCAUUUGGUGUUUUUGAUGGCCCAUAUUCAAUCCGUCGUCGUUGUUUAGGUGAAAAGCAUGUACACGAACGUAUCUUUGAUUACAUCAAUCAAUAUUGGGAUAACUAUAAGGAUGUUGGUAAAAUUGCAACUGCUACUUUAAUGGAUGCUCACGAGGGUACUAUGGAAGUAAUUGGUAUUAUGGAUAAACAGUUCCAAAAGUUCAUCGACAAGGAUAUGAGACCUCGUCUUAACGAUACUGCUUUGUUCUUAGUUAGUGACCAUGGUUCACAUAUGGGUGCAUACUAUGUAUUCUCUAAAGGUGGUAAAAUCGAAGUAGCAAUGCCAUUGCUCUACAUUGUACUUCCAACUUGGUUUACAGAUAAAUAUCCAGAGGUAGAACAAAAACUUUUAGAAAACGAAAAUCAAUUAGCAACACCAUUCCAAUUAUACGAUACAUUUAGAGCACUCUCAAGAUAUCCAGAGUUUGGUGGCAUAGAUGCCUCUGACCCAGACGGAAAGCGUGAAGAAAAAGGUUUACUUGGAGAUAUUAAAGAUGACAUUACUUGUAAUGAAUUAGGUAUACCACACGAUUUUUGUCAAUGUCACUAAAAAAAAUAUGUAUAAAAAUCAAAACAAAACAAAACAAAAAACAGCCAAAUGUAAAUAGUCUAAUAUCCAGUAAUAUUACAUAGUUAAAAUUUUGUUGAAAAUAGCAACAAAAAAUCAUAGUUUUUUAAAAUAUUAAACUCUUUUAAAAAAAUUAUCGAAUAAAUAAAACAAUUUAUUUAAAAUU